ACAGGAAAGCUGCACUUUGGCUACAUCUACGGCAUCGGCCUGAUGGGCUGCGUGGCCAUGUACUUCCUGCUGAACCUGAUGUCGAUGCAGGGCGUCAGCAUGGGCGUGGUGGUGUCGGUGCUGGGCUACUGUCUGCUGCCGAUGGUGGUCCUCUCCGGCGUCUCCAUCGUCCUCUCCCUGCAGGGCGCGCUGGGGAUGGCGCUGGCCGGCCUAACCAUCCUCUGGUGCAGUCUGUCGGCCUCCAAGCUGUUCGUCACAGCGCUGGUGAUGGACCACCAGCAGCCCCUGGUCGGCUACCCGUGCGCCCUGCUCUACGGCGUGUUCGCCCUGCUGACCGUCUUCUGAGCGUCCAACAACGUCUCCGUCAUCUUCAGUGAUGUAGGCGCUGCUGGGCUGUCCUCGGCUUAGCGGUGUGGGCAGUGGUGGACCCCGCUAUGACGGUCACACCGUGAAAGCUCUGUGUGAGCAGCUGUGGCCGCUCUGCAGGUGAUCACUGAUCAGUCACGCGGUAUGGUUUGAAGGUACUGAACUUCACGAGAAGGGUGGCUAGGUGCAGUAUGUGUGUCUGAAUAGCUGGAACGAGACCAAUGGCGCGACAAUCAGCCGUUGUAUUUUUAGGCGCGAAUGGUAUAUGAUUCGUCUUUUUCUACGGUUCGCUCCCUAUUCCUCUGUAAAAUUAUUCCUGUUUCUUUGCCCUCAACUCUCUUCUUAUUUUGGUACCAAUAUACUGCCUCAUUAUUUCUCUUUUCUGAUUUUAGUUCAUUUCCUUUUCUCGUAGAAACUAAAUGGUAAAAGAUCAUUGAAGUCACCUUCCCGUCAUUUUAGGCUAAAUAUGCAUGUAUGCUAGGUAUGGGCUUAUUUAUGUGUUUGGAAGUUAGCUAUGUGUAUGUGAGGAUAUUGGCCUACCAGUGGACUUUAUUACAUUAUGUAAUAAAGUCCACCCCCAAUGGCUACUAAUGUGACGCGGUAAUUGGUUACGCGGCAAUGUUUUUUUUUCAGUUAGCCAAUGUUAGUAGACCACUCGAUAGAUGGAGGGUCCGCGAAACUAUCUGGUGUGGAACAUGAUGAAAAUAAAGGUGAAUUUACUAUGACUGGUGU